AUGAACGGAUCUGCCGCAGCCACUUACCCUGCCAAGACCUACGCCGACUACAGCUAUGGGAGCCCCUACCACCCUCACCACCAGUAUGGAGGGGCGUACAACAGGGUGCAGCCACCCACCAGCCAGCCAGGUAAGCCUGGGGGAGAGGGCUGUGCUGUCCGCGCCGUCCUGGAGGUGCGGGAAGUGGUCUCCGCGCAAGCUGGAGGUGCGGGAAGUGGUCUCCGCGCAGCGCUGUAG